GCAUCGCAAGGCUUGUGUGGCCAAGACAUCCAGAUAUCAUCCGAGUGGAUAAACUCUGCGCACAACAAUGCUGAAUCAGGCUUUCUGAGGCUUAGAUUUGUCGUGUAUGCUUCUCGUACAAUUUUCUUGCAGUGCUUUGACUGUUGUGUUUGUUUCGCUCUCUGUUGUGGCAUCUUGUUGCCAUUUCGUCCGCUCAGAAUGGCCAUCUAUGUUGACCCUUAUCAUGACACAUUUACACGCCAGUUCAAUACCCAUCACAAAAAGGAAUAUUGCACACUGAGUCAGAUGUUCAGAAUUUAGAUUUAAAUUCUAUUCACAGUAUGGACUCGCUAUCAGUGAGCGCCAGCAUCUCUGGAUUGAUAUCCAUUCUCGACCUUAUAGAUGGGAAGAGUUACAAGUAUGUCAAAGAAGUCAGGGGGUCUACCCAGGAAUUCAAAAAACUUAUCGACGAAAUGACCGAUCUAUACGGCAUUCUCAACCAAUUACGCUUGGUCGUUUCACGUUUUGACGACGAGUCAAUCUCUUCCGCUAUUCAAUUCCAGCACAUAGAUAUUUGCCGAACGCUUCUUGACAGGAUUAAGGAGAGAUUGGAUAAAGCUGACCGCGAUAAUAUCAGCAGUCAAAAAUCAGCGAUUGGCCGAACGAUUUCAAAUUUAGGGCGAGCUCUUAUCUGGCCUUUCAGCGUCGGCGAAACUAAAGCACUCAUCGAUGAUGUGACGACGCAGAAGUGUACUUUGAUGUUGGCACUCCAAGUAGGUGGAAUGAAUGCGCUGUUUGAUGCACUCGGUGGCCGGAGGAUACAAGGACUAAAUUUAGAAACGAUACAGGUGAAUGUGCUUGGCCUCAGAAAUGAUAAAUCGAUAUCUAUGUUGAACCAAAAUCAGAAGAAGAUUAUUGAAUGGAUAGCUUCAUAUGAUCCUAGUCAAAGACAUCAAGAAAUUGCAACGAAACUUCGACAGUCAGGUACUGGUCGGUGAUUCACCAAGGAAGAUCAAUUCAAAUCCUGGCUUGAUGAAAAGGUAUCGAAGUUGUGGUUGUA